AUGGAUAGAUACAGCGGGUACACCGACUUUGCCGUACUCGUCGUUAUCGGAGCCGGGCUGGGUGGACUCGCCGCCGCCCUCUCGGUCAAGCAAGAGUCGCCUGGCCACGAUGUCCUCGUCGUGGAAUCGGCUCCUGUGCUAGCUGAGAUCGGUGCAGGUCUUCAGCUCACACCGAAUGCGACACGGCUGCUUCUUCGUUGGGGUCUCAAGCCUGGCCUUGAGAAGCUGGCGAGCAGCCCGGAAGAGUUCCUUGUCCGCCGAUUUGACGGCCGUAAGCUUCUUGGCGAGCGCCAGAACUUUGCCGCAGAGAUGCUCGACAAGUAUCGGUCUCCCUACUGGGAUAUGCACCGAGCCGAUCUACAGCUAGCAAUGUUUAAGCGGGCCAAGAGCCUCGGCGUCCGCUUCCAAUUCGGUACUCUGGUAAAGGAUAUGGAUCUUUCGAUUCCCCAGUUGACCACCGACAAGGGUGACAAGAUCACCGGAGAUCUAGUAAUAGCUGCAGAUGGACUCUGGUCCAACACCCGAUCCAAGGUUCUCGGUAGGCCCAGCCGUCCCAUAGCGACGGGGGACCUCGCGUAUCGCAUUGUCCUCAAAUCCGAAGAAAUCCAGGAUCAGGAGCUGCUCGACUUCAUGAACAAGCCCCGGGUCUGCCUAUGGGUUGGCCCAGAAUGCCACGCCAUCUACUACCCUCUUAGGAACAACACCAUGGCCAACAUUGUCCUGCUGGUUCCGGAUAAUCUGCCAGACAACGUGGCCAAGAUGCCAGGUGACCUUUCCGAGAUGAGGGAGAUUUUUGACAAGUGGGAUCCGCUGCUGCAAAGGUUCCUAUGCCAGGUCAACAAAAUAGAGAAGUGGAAGCUAAUGCAUCUUAACGAACUGGAGCGCUGGUACAACGAAGAAGCCACGGUCGUAUUCCUAGGCGAUGCCUACCACCCGAUGCUGCCGUACAUGGCACAGGGAGCUGGCUCUGCUAUCGAGGACGGUGCCGCACUAGGCACCCUUCUUUCCAAGAUAAAGAGCAAAGAGGAACUGCCUAGUGCUCUGAAGACGUAUCAAGACCUGAGAGUCCCCCGGAGCACCGCCCUACAGAAGUGGAGUAUAAAGCAGAGACACAUCAACCACUUGCCUGAUGGCCCAGAGCAAGAGGCGAGAGAUAAGCUCGCCGAAUCUCAACUCUACGAUCAGCAACCCGGAUACCCAUUCUACUGGAUUGACCCAGGCGCACAGGACUUUGUCUAUGGAUAUGAUGUUAUUGCUGAGUUAAGCUCUUUAAAAGAACCCGAAAUUAUAUAUCUACCCUAUUAUAAAGAUAUAUAA